AUGCCGCCGAAUUAUCUCCAUAUUUGGCCCCGUGGUAAUUUCAUGAUGAUAGCUCUACCGAACCAAGACUGUUCGUGGACAGUGACGCUGUUUAUGCCGUUCUCAAACUUCAAAAGCAUCGACUCUGAGAACAAGCUUCUUGAAUUCUUUGAUAAGUACUUCCCUGACGCUGUGCCUUUGAUAGGCGAAAAGAAAUUGAUUGAGGACUUCUUUACUGGAUCUCCUUCUCCGCUGAUAACCAUUAAGUGCCGUCCUUACCACGUGUCGAAUAAGGCACUUAUCAUUGGUGACGCGUCUCAUGCAGUCGUCCCGUUCUACGGCCAAGGGAUGAACGCUGGGUUCGAAGACUGUACGAUCUUGGAUCAGCUAUUCCAGAAACAUAACGAUAGCUUGGCAGAAAUCUUAUCAGAUUUUUCCAAUAUGAGAUGGAAGGACGCUUUUGCUGUUUGCGAUCUAGCCAUGUAUAAUUACAUUGAGAUGCGUGAUCUAGUAACGAGACCCUCCUACCGCCUUCGGAAAGCUGUGGAUGAUAUGAUAUUUUGGCUCCUACCGGAUAUCUGGGUGCCCCUCUAUAAUUCGGUCACAUUCAGCACGAUGCCGUACAGCCAGUGCGUAAAGAACAGACAGUGGCAGAAUAAGGUGCUGGCCCUAAUUCUUCUUAUAUGUGGCUUCUUCAUAUUCAUACUAUAUUGUAUGUUUCGACGAUAA